AUGCCGACUACCGCUGAACCCUCGAAGCAAGCGCCCAUGCAGGCCGUCGUUGACCUGGCGUCGCAGAAGACGCUGGACAACGGGCCCGUCGUGACGAGACAGCCGGUAGGAAUAGCCUCUCCUGAUCACAAGAGACCCAACCCUCCCGAGGCCUCGCCUCUGGGGCCUGACUUGCUGCGUGCCUUUACUGACAGAUGGCCGGAACAGACGCUUGAGCCGCGGCCAGAGGCGGAGCCCGUGCUCGGCCUUCGUGGCGGGGGGUUGUCGUGCGGCUUUGACUGCUGCCAUGGGAGCUGUCGCUUCCACAAGGCCUGUUGCUAG